AUGGUUGCUAAGAAAAUUGUCGUGGUAGGAGAUGGCGGGGUUGGCAAGACCUGUUUAUUAAUGCUGUUUGCCAAAAGUGGGUUUCCAGCCCAUUAUAUCCCCACGGUGUUCGAGACCCAUAAUAAACAAAUCAUCAUUGAUAACCAACCAAUUGACUUGGAAUUGAUCGAUACCGCAGGACAAAAGGAGUUGGGAGAACUCCGGCCGAUGGCGUACCCUGAUUCAGAUAUCGUUCUACUAUGCUGCUCGGUAGACUUGCCCGAAUCACUAUACAAUCUCCAAAAUAUUUGGUUUCCCGAAGUGCUCGAGCAUUGUGGUGGUGGUAACGCCGACACCAAGGUGGUGAUGGUGGUUAACAAGACCGAUCUAAGGACCAACGAGGCCAUCUUGGAGAACUUGGCCAUCACUGACCAAACCCCAUUGACCACCUCCCAAUGCCAACGAGUCGCCGAGGCAAUUGGGGCAUCGACAAUAGUAGAAUGUUCUGCUUGUCGAAACACUGGGAUCAAACUGGUGUUCGACACCGCGGUGAGGAUAUCUCUUGGGAAACCAAUCAAUACUGCUAAAUCAAACUCAAACUCCAAACGGGGAGGGAAAUGUAUAAUAGUAUGA